GGGGGACAUAACUAUGGGAUUUCACACUCUCGUUAUCUUCAUUCAGUUUUACUUUGUUGUACAUGACAAGGUAUGUUGAGAAAUUGAUGGUAUUCGUGAAAAUGAACAAAAUCAGUUGACAGAAUGGUGUGACCUCACUUGUAAUUGACAAGCUCCUCAGCAAGAUCUAUUGAAAUCUUAACGAAUCUCAUUCCCCAUCUUCAGGUGGAAGAUGUUGACAUAGGUAAAACCCCAAAAACUAGGAGAAUUCAUUCAAACUCUCAGUGACGUGAAGAUAUCAAAUUAAAAUGACGAAAACAAGGACAUCUCCACCAACCAAAAACGAGGAAGACAAAGAGAAGGAUCAAAAAUGUUCCAUCUUUUCCAAGGUCCGAUCUGCACUCUCCAACAUAACUGUGGAGCCAAUGCUUCUGCUCUUCAUUGGACCAUCAGUGAUGGGAAGCUUAGCUACUGAGAACCUCAACUUGGAAAAAGCUUGUCGAGUGAACAUAGGAUACGACCAAGAAAUCUGUGACGCUAUGGUGGUGAGAAACACCUCAGGAUACACUGCUGAGCAAGAAAUAGAGGUGCAAAAGCUGGUAUCUACUAUGCUCGCCAUCAGAACUGCCAUACAAGGCAUUGUUCCCUUCCUUCUAAUGAUCUUUUUAGGUUCUUGGAGUGACAGACAUGGUAAAAGAAAGCCAUUUAUACUCAUACCAAUAGUUGGAGAGGUUGUCAGUACUCUAGGUUUCAUCCUUUGCACCUACUUUUUUCUAGAGCUGUCUGUAGAGUAUGCAAUCUUUUUCGAAUCAGUACCUCCUUCAGUAACUGGAGGUUGGUUUUGCUUUUUCGUUGGCGUAUACAGCUAUGUGGGUGGUAAAAGCAGUUUGGAAACGAAGACCAUGAAGGUCGGAGCAGCAGCAAUGAUGACUCACGUGGCUGUGACUUUUGGAAUAGCCCUCAGUGGAGUAACUUUCAGGAUUCUUGGUUUUUACGGUGUUUACAUCAUAUCCAUAGUGUUGUUUAGUAUAUCCAUAACUUAUGGGUAUAUAAUUAUCAAGGAUGAUAUACCUGGUGAUGCGAAAACUGAAGAGGGGGGUGAUAAGAAACCAUUUUUGGUGGAUUUGUUUGAUCUUCAACACAUAAAGAACACCUUCUCGAUUUGCUUCAAGGAGGGACCGAAUAAUAGGAAGAAGAAGAUUUGUGCGAUUAUGGUCUUGGUGUUGGUGAUCGUUGGCCCACAAAGGGGUGAACUGAGUGUUAUGUACAUGUUCACUAGAAGGAAGUUUGCUUGGGACGAACUUUCAUACAGCGCAUUCAAUACAUUUCACUGCAUAACACAAAUGGCCGGAGCAGCAAUAUGCCUGACUGUUUUCGUGAAAUGGCUCAAAGUGGACGAUUCUACCCUUGGAAUGAUUGCCAUGACAAGCAAAGUGGUUGGAUCUGUUGCUUAUGGUCUAGCUCCUGAUUCUUUGUAUUUUUAUCUAUCCGCUUUUACAGAAGUUUUCAAUGGCAGUUCUCACAUAGCUCUGAGGUCGAUCAUGUCGAAGUUGGUUUCUGUUCAGGAACUUGGCCAGACUAAUUCGCUGUUUGGUAUGUGUGAGGCCUUGACGCCAUUGAUCUGCGGACCUUUAUACAGCUUCGUCUACAACCGGACCAUAGCUUUUUUCCCAGGGGCGUUCUUCUUAGUCAGUGGCCUCUUCCACGUAGUGGCUUUUUUCAUAUUUAUGUGGAUUUAUCUCAUGCAUAGAAUUGAAGUGAGGAAAGCCAAGAAUGAUGUUGAGAGAAAAUAUUCCAACGUUAUCACACCGCCAUUUAUUGAAAACGAUGAAAUACUAGCUGAAAAAAUUAAAAAUUCGACUGCUUCUCCUAAGAGUUCAAAGGAGGAAAUAGCAGUCGAUAAAAAUUCAAAGAUGAACGUUGGAGAUAUUAAAGUCAUUGAUGAAAGUACAAACAAAACCGAAGAAACUGCAGUAAAGGAUAUUCACAACUACGAUAACAAAGGAUUCGUUUCGGAGAACAACGAAAAAUAAACAGAAAAUGAAAUUAUGUUGUGAACAAAAUCCAAUAAAAAUU